AUGCCCGACGCCGCCGCCGCCCAGCGCUCGUGGCUCUAUCCCGGCGACGCGCCCACCAGCCAUCUGCGCAGAUACUCGAGCGACAGCCCCGGCCCGCACUUUGGCCAGGCACGCACCCCCCAUAUGCACUCGGACAUGCCCUUUGACGAACGCCUGGGCGUCGACUUUCUGCUCGACAAUGGCCAGCGCCGCCCCGUCGACCCCAACCUGCCCCCUCCACACCACGCCCGCCCCAGCAACGUCAGCACCAGCCAGCAUGCCCAGUAUGCCCCCAGCCUGGUCGCCCACCUGACGCUGCCUCGCAAUCUGCCCGCCACCUGCCCGCUCGACGUCAUCCUGCUCGACUUUCUGCAGGACCGCCAGAACCGUGCGGCCGAGGGCGUGCCCAUCAAGACGCUCGUUGGGCCACACUAUCCCAACUUCACCUCGCUGGCCUAUCCCGACCGCGCCGUCGAGUCGCACCCGCUGUCCAAGCUCUUCACAGACAUCCUGCGCACCUUUCCCGACAUCUGCGGCCGCCCCGAGCAGGUGGCCAUUGUCUUCAUCAUGUUCCUCAUCAUGCGCUGGCAGAUUGAGCCCACACAGGAGAACUACGACCGCCUGCCCCACUGGGUGACCCCGCGGCCCGCCCAGCUCUUCACUCCCCAUGCCCUGUGGAUCGAUCAUCUUCCGUGGCCCCGUCUGCGCGAGCGCCUCAUCACCGCGCAGCCUCCCGUCUCGUUUGAGAACUUCUUCAUUCCCUUUACCACGACGGUUUCACUCAACUGGCCCUACGAGCAUCGCGACUGCCUCUUGCCUGCCUCGAUUGUCCGCCAUACCACCCUCUCCACCACGUCGUCCUCGAUCGCAGCAUCCUCGCCCUUUUCGACGCAUGUGAAUGCUGGCUCGCCCCAAGGGCCGGCAACGCCCCAGCCACCCACUGGAAAUAUCCCAACCAUGGACCAGCUGCCCAAGGAAGACGAUCAAUGGCUCAUCAACCCAGCCUUCGAGACGCAUCUCCGCGACCUCAACAACUGGUCUUUGGGCCCUAGCUUCCGGGGCACCUUUCCCAUGUUUGCUGAUGCUGUCAAGAUUAAGGAAGGAAGGUGACGUUGCUUGUACACGCAUACAUGGCGUUGCGCUCAGGCCGCUCGCGCGCGUAGUGCGUGUAAAGUCCCUACUGGAAACCUCGCGUGGCAGGCCGCUCGCGUUUGGAAUCGACUUUUCUCGUUAUGUUCAUGUGUUUAAUUAUGUUGCUUGGGCUUUUUUUGUAUUCAUACACGUUCUGGGUAUUCGUUGGAGUGAAGCAGCUCUUGGUAAGCUAUGGAGUGCACGACAGCAUCGGUGCAGCUGGUGGGAACAUGAAUUGACUCGGAUUUUUUUUAAACUCGAACGCUACGAAAUAUAGAGUAUUAAUAUUUGAAUCUGC